CCUUGGGUGAAGGAGCUACCAAGUUACAGGCUGCCGCCUAUUCCUCCCACGAGCAGCAUCCGAGGACACGUCGAAGUCCACAGGCAUGACUUCUACCGGAAAAAAGCCCUCGAGUGGGCCAAGGUGCACGGACCAGUGAUCAGGCUCAAAGUAAAUUUCAUGAACGUUGUCAUCCUCAACGACUUCGACAGCAUCAAGAAAUUCUUCAACACAAAGGAACUGCUAUGGCGUUCAUCCACUUUUGUUGGGUAUCGGGACUUCUACAAAGGUGUGGGUUCCCUGAAUGGGGAAGCGUGGUCAGCAAACAGAAAAUUCUGUUUGAGUAUGUUGCGUGACUUGGGUUUUGCAAAGACUGCUAUGGAGGACCGCAUGAUGGAAGAGUUCGGCCGCGUCGCUGACAGCAUUGGUGAGGCUGGUGGGAGGCCGCUUAACGUGGGCGACUACGUCAUGCCGUGCGCCUUCAACAACAUCGUGUCGUUCUUCUACGGCCGCCAGUUGACGCACGACCAUCCGACUCGCCGCGAGCUCCACUGCGUGAUGAAGCGAGUGAGCCUCGCCAUGUACUCGGGGUCCUUUCAUCAAUUCCUGCCAUGGAAGCUGCGCAAGCUGCUCUCGUACCUUCCAUUCACCAGAAACCAUCUCAUCAAGGAAUCCUUGGCGCAACUAGAGGCAGUUUCAGAGAAGCAAGUUGAAGAAUCCCAGGCGGCGAAGUUUGGAGACGAAUGCAAAGACUUUAUUCAUGGAUAUAUCAAGAAGAUAGAAGAAAGCAGAGGGGAAUCAAAUCCCUUAUUUACUGAGCGCUACCUUGUUGGCAACGUAAACUCCUUCCUCAUGGGUGGUACCUUCAGCACAACCAGUACGAUGAUGUGGCAGAUGCUGAAUUUUGCAAGACACCCUGACACGGUCCAAGCGCGGGUGCAACGUGAAAUUGAUGACGUGAUUGGCCACGAUCGCCAGCCAACCUGGGAGGACCGGAAGAAGAUGCCGUACACGUUGGCCUGCGUCUGGGAAGCGGACCGAUGGAAGACCGCUGGCCCGCUUGGCCUUCCGAGAGAGUGCGCAGAGGAUGUCGUGGUUGGUGACUUCUUUCUACCGAAGGGCACGGUUGUUCUCCCGAAUAUUUGGGCGGUUCACAACGACCCAACUCUUUGGAAAGAACCUACAAAAUUUCACCCGGGACGCUACCUGAAUGAAGAUGGGACAUUGUUUUCGCAUAAGCCCGAACAUUUGAUACCCUUUUGCAUUGGCCGCCGAGCUUGCCCAGGAGACAUGUUCGCCACGAUGGAGAUCUUUCUGUUGGUCACGUUCCUGCUUCAGAAGUAUCGCAUUGUUCCUGAGAAGCCAAUUGACUGUGACUUGGACUCCCCUGACAUCGAGCUUUCGCACUUACAGAGAAGACGAAGGGGGCUCACCGCAGCUCCACCUGGAGGGUCGCAGCGCCAGCUGGCUCGAGAAGAGGUACUUGGAAAAACAAUGGCAAAUGAAGAGCGGGAUUUAUAUUAAAAGCGAGUCAAAGUAAAAAAAUAUGGAAGAGAAGGAGAUCUAACAACACCAAAUGAGAACAUGCAUUUUUAUGACAGAAUUAUCCGGUGGCAUUCAAGAUCCACUAAACGGUGCACAAACGAAUAAAAAUUGAGGUACAAUACUAUGCUUUGUCAGGAGACAAGACUAGUCGCCUUGAAUUUCUUAGAUGCGUUCUACGUGCUGGAUCACGUUUGCACGCACGACUGUUGGGAAAUAUGUAGCCCACUGUAGCACACAAUAAACAAAGUCACCGGAACUUUCCGUAAAGUGCAGACUGCUGCGUACUUCAUGAAGGGCCGGCAAAAAAGUUCGGGAGCUGUAACACUCUUGUAAUGCAAAAAGGCGAACACCUGCUUCAAAUUUGGCAAUGCAUGCAGUUAUCCAAUCAGGGUUAGACUUCUUUGUAAUUGAUAUGGACUGAUAUGCAAAUUGACUGAUUGACUGAUGUGUUUUGGUUAUUACGACUCUGCUUGGGUACCACUUUAGAGGGCGACCAUUUUAUUGAAAGUGGCACAGGGCUCCACUAAGUGCGAAAUGCAGAAAGAGCAAAGAGGAACAGCACACUGUAGCCGAAUACUUUUAUGAAUGCCGUCGAUUCCAAAUAUACGAACUUUCCUUGCUAAGCGUCGAAAGGGCGAAAAAAAUGAUAUCGUUCAUGUAGUGCCCUAAGGCAACUGACAACUGAAAUUGUUUCUUGAAAGUUUGACAAGUAAAAUGUGCUGCCCUUUAUUGAACUUUUCUGUGCUCGAAAUACAAUACUGUCAUGUCACUAGGAUGUCACUAGGCUUGUAUGUAAGUUAUGCUUUACGAGUUCACCUGUAUAUGGAAUGCACUCCUCACCCUACAAUGGCUUUUCUGAGGACUCUCUACUUGAAAGAAAAUACUGCUUACAGCGACAUGUGUUGUCUGUUUCAAUGAGUGUUCUAAUGACAAUUCUCUGGAGUUCGCCAAGCGGGUUACAUUAAUACGCACAACGUGACAGAUGCGAAGAAAUGCUCAGUCUCCCAAGAGACAUACGCAAAGAAACUGACUUCUCAAACGCUUUCAGGUCCACUGCCGUGCAUGUGUAGCGGCAACAGAAGAAUUAAAAAUAAAAUACGGCUUUUCAGAACAAAACAUCGUCUAGCGUCACGAUGGAGGGGCUGCAACCUUCUGGAACUUCUAC